AUGAAAUCAAACCAAUUUAUUUUGAUAUUAGCAUUAGCAGUUGGCACUAUCAGCUGCUUAGAUCUUAACAUAGGAAAUAGAAUGCCCCACUGCUUUUAUUUAGAUCUCGCUGCUAAGGAAACUGUUAAUAUUUAGUAUGAAGUCACAGGAUAUAAAGCAUAAGAAUUCAGAAUGACUAUUUAUGAUGCAAGCAAGCUAAAUGAACAACCUGUCCACACCACAGAAAAGGAAAAAUCCACAACCUACAGCUUAUGGUCUCAAGAACCUAAAGAAUAUAAGGUCUGUUUCUAAUCCCUCGACAGCUCUGGAAAGAUUCUUUAAUUUGAAUUCAUCAGAGGAGAAAAGAUGGAUGAAAGCUUUGUUAAUGAUAAAACUUUGGAAAAGACAUUUGAUAUUCUUUAAGAUGCUCAAUACUAAUUGAAUGUCAUAUACAGUAACUUAAGACAUUAAUUGAUGAAGACUGACAUGCAAGCUCAAAUUUUGGAAUCAACUGAAAAUAAGGUUAAAUGGUGUAGUGUUAUUAAGAUGGUAUUGAUGAUUUCAAUCACUACAAUUUAAAUAGUUUUCUUAACUGGUCUUUUUAAAGACUCUACUCCCUUUGGUAUUUGA